AUGUCUGCCCAGUAUGACCGUGGUAGUGAAGUUCAAACUGGCAUCCUGUGUGACAGCGCCUCUGAGAACGACCCAUUUCAUACCCCCAGCUCUAGCCAGAAAGACCCUAGCGCCAUGCUCAACACGUUCCCUGGUGACUCCUCUGAUGGGUACUCUUCUGCGGUUUCGAAUAGCUCCUCUGGUGCCAAAUCCGAAUCGUCCUCCAUCGAAAGCUUUGAUAAAUCGUCUCAGCAUGACGCUGAAUCAGAGGAGGAGGAGGAGGACCGCCCUACAGGCUCCCAAGUCCUAGCAGCAUACGCCUCUCCUCUUCGAGAUGGCCAGCGUCUUCGGACCAGCUGCGAUAGUAUUCACGACCCGGGCCAGUGGCAGGUCGAUUCAGAUGGAUUCAUCAAUGAGCAAAUUCGCGCUGGAGGGCCAUAUCUCUGUUCCCUACCCGUGACAAUUUUCAAUCUGGACGGCAAGUCCCCUUUAUGGACAGUUUUCGAAACCAUCAGCGUUCAUAAAAUGAUUCUUUCGGUUCUUGGUCAGUACAAAGUCAAUGCAACAUCUAUCAAGAUCAAAAAAUGUCAAUACAAAUAUUAA